AUGGUGGACGUGGACGGCGUCUUCUCGCACUUCCAGGCGACGCCGCUCAAGCUCAAGCGCCGUGCACCGACGGCACCGACGGUCGCGAGGCGUAGCCCGCCGCAGAACCCAGCGCCGGCGCGCCGCCAACGAGUACCGUCCAAGAUGGUCGCCCGGCAGCCGUCGCGCACCAAGCUCACCGACGGCGUCGUCGCGCCAUCAAAGAAGCGGGUGCUGCCCGUGCACCCAUCGUCGGCCAAGAAGCGAAAGCUACUGCUCGCGAUGCCGCCGCCCGACGACGACAACGUGCCCGUCCAACAAAAGCUCGUGUUUGACACGCCACCACGCAAAGCGGCGAGAACGCACGUCGAGACCGCAGCUAACGACAAUGAUACGAACGACAUGCUCGCCACGGACGCAGGCUGGACGCCGCCACGACCAGAGACGCCACCUGUGCCUCACACGCCAUUCCGGUCAGAGACGCCACGCCGCCCCGAGACACCGCCACGGCCAACGACGCCGCCGCGGUUGGAAGUUUUGCGCACCGCGGUAGCGCCGGCGACACAAGACACAGCAUUCGAGACACCAAAGAAGUGCGCUCCACCGUCCCGCGGCCAAAUCCUGUCGCCGCUCUCGUACCUUCGACUGCACUCGGCGCCAACGGAUGUCAACGCGGGCCCGCCGCCUUUUUCACCCAAUGUCUUUGACGAGCCGCGUCGACUCGAGCCUUCGGCGGCCUCGAGCCUAUUGCCUCCGACACCGCCGCUGCCGCCCAGCGUGGUUCCUACCGUUGAUCUUGGCUCUCGGUCGUCGUGCAAGCCCGCCAAACGCGAGCUCCUCGCGCCACUUCAAACCCGCCGCAGCGCCCGGCUACAGGCGGCCUCGGGCGACGCACCACCCGAUAUCGAAGCGCUGACACUAGAGCGGCCAUCCCACUUGCGUCGGACGCCCGGGACAAAGGUCCUCCGCUCGCGCGCACACACGGCUCUUGUCCAAGCUCACAUGGACACCGCGCUCGCGAAAUCACCGCCCACGACGUCGUCGACGGUCGUGGCCUUGAGCUGGGCGUCCAUUCAAGAGAUGUACGCGGCCAAAGUGCUUCCGAAGACCGUCUCGACGGCGCUCCAUGCAGUCUUUACGUCGUGGAUGCUCUGCGAAGACGUCGUUGCGACCUCCGAACCCAGUACUUCACGCCUCGCGUUUGCUGCCUUUGACCAGUCGACGAUCGACCUGCGCUACGACGUAGCUGAUACUCACGGCGCUAUGCGCACGGUACCGGUGCUUUUGGCUCACUACGCGGCGCUGUACGACCAACUGCAAGCCUUGACGUUGACCCAGCAAUCGCUCCUGCGCACGGUCUUGGCGCACGUGGCGUCGGUGGCGUCGGCACCAAUAACGAUGGCCUCGACGCUGCUACAGCAUGCGUGGACACGUGGCGCACCGCGGCUUGUCCGUGCGGCCACCACGUACUUUGCAACCAUCACAGCGCAGCCCGAGACGCUGUUACACAAGUUGGGGUCGCUCGCCGGGUCGCUCCUCCGGCAUGUGCUUCGCGCCAUCUUCUUGUCGUUUGACGCACGCCUCGAUGCCGGCGACUCGCGCGCCCCGAGCGUCGCUCUGCCCAAGGCGCUGUACGCUCACCACGACUUGGGGGCUGCUGUGCACCGCGCCCUCGUCGACCGUAUGGCGGGAGCGCUCGACGACUACCACACAGCUCUCUGCGUUGACUUUUUGGCGACUGCAUUUCAAACACUGUGGCGGUAUCGGUCCGAGCCGUAUUUGCAAGCGCACAUUGCCGUCAUGGAGAAAACCGCGGCCCGGAUCGCAGCGCUCGGCUUGGACGACGAAGCGUACUUGGCGCCACUGGCGGCCCUUGGCACUUUUGUUGCGACGCUCGAGAAGGAACAGCGCGCCGUCGCCAGCGUUUUGGCCCGCGCCCCGGUGCCCGAGCCGCGCGACCUCCUCUCCUGUCCCUUGCCGGAGAAGGAGUCGACGCCGCUCAAGACGCGCUUUGACGCGGCGAGCGGCUGCUUUGAGUGCAAGCAAGCGCUCCGCGACGACGCGAUCGUCGAGUGCCGGACGUGCCACCACAAGUACCAUCUCGCCUGCUUGUACUUGCCACUGACGUUUCGCGAUCCAUCGCGGCGCUACGUCUGCCCGCAUUGCUUGUAG